GAACUUUCACAGUGUUUUAUUUGGUCGCUGGUGUCAGUGACCCCAGAAAACAUUUUUAGCUGAAGGAUUAAGUUAUACAAAAAGGAACACUCAAAGUUCAAAAAGGCACAGUGAAGAAUAAUUGAAAAGCUGCUUAGAAUAGGCCUAUUUAAAACAUACUGAAAGUUAAGGUGAACUUCCCCUUCAGGAUAUGAAAUUGAUGCGUAAAGCUUAUAAAAACAAAUAGUGAUAACGCCACCGCUUUGAUCUGAUUAAAUGACUAGAGUUAGACGUACACGUUUUAGCAUAUAUCUAGAAUUUAGUAAGUUGCAUGACAAUAUAAGACGACUGCUAAAGGAGAUUGACAAUGUUGUCCACCUGCUCCUGUGAUGAAAUGCAAUGCCUUGGCACUUAAAAAAAGUAACAGUGUCACAGGGAAUGCAAUCUUGGGCAGAAAUGCCUGGCAUAGUUUCCAGGGCCGUAAAGCGGCUGUCUAUUUAAAACCCACCAACCCUUCAUUCAGCAGCCAGAUCUUCCUCCGAGAGAGCAGAUUCCUGCACUACUUCCUUGGCUGGUUGCAACUAAAAGCAGCACAAUGGUAAAUCAGGAAACCAAAACAAUGAAACCGGCACAGAGGGCCAUGCGAAAAAUCAGAACUGCCAGCUUGGUUUCUAGUUUAACAAAAGGAUGGCAACAAUGGGCUUGUGAACAUUCCACCAAGCAGGCACAAGAACCGAGCGGCUGGGUUCCAAACACAGAAAAAGAUGACCAGGAACACGAGAUAAAGUUUGAAAAGCAAACCAAACCUACAGUUGUAGCACCAAGAAAGGAUCCCAAAGAAGAUCCCACCGAUGACCAUGGAGAUGCACUGAUCAGAACUAAAACUGUGACCAAAUCUUUUGCAAGCAAAGCGCAAGAAAGAGGAAACGAUAUUUGCUCCUUAACAGAAAGAUAUGAGAAGGACCCAAGUUUACAUAUACAAAAUAAGUACGAAGACUCAAUGGUGGAGAAAAUAUUGCAAGGUAAUAUAUCUCCAACAAGGAGAAGAAAAUGCUCAAAUCUAGUUUCCCAACUCACCAAAGGCUGGAAGCAGAUGGAGCAGGUGGAUGAGGAGCAGGUGACUGCCCCAAGUCCUACCCCAAAACUGAAAGAAUGCCGAAGCGAGAGCCUGGAAACAGAGGACAGCGGAUAUGGUGAAGGUGAUGCCGAAGGGAAAUCCCAAGUGGACAAUAAGAAGGAACCACCAACAGAAAAUCAAGAGGACACUGCAAGGAUUAAACAAUCAUAUUCUUCCAGAAAUAACAAAGCUACUGGAGAACUUGAAAACAUAAACAAAGCUUACAAGAGAUACAGCCCUGUAGAUAACAUAAAGGGACGGUGGGAGAAGUGGUCAAAUCAACAUGCUCUGACACAAAAGCUAAACCCUUUUAGUGAAGAGUUUGAUCAAGAUUUUGCAAUGUCCCGAAGACUCCACAAGGGUGAUAAAGGUUAUGGCCAUCCUGAAGAAGGGACAAAAACUGCUGAAAGGGCCACGAGGGCCGAGGCCCACAUCCACCGUGAGAUGAAGGAUCUGUGUUUUGUCAUUAGUACUCUGUCUGACCCUGACAAAAACGGGACAGUCCGAGUAACUUUUGGAGAACUCUUUGAUAGAUAUGUACGCAUCUCAGAUAAAGUGGUCGGAAUACUACUGAGAGCAAGAAAACAUGGCAUGGUGGACUUCCCUGGAGAAAUGUUAUGGCAAGGCAGAGAUGACCAUGUAAUAAUCACUUUACUUUAAACAUGGGAUGAACAUUGCACAUUAGGUUAUUUUUAUGUUUCAUGACAAAAUAAACAAAAUUACAUUUCAGUAGAAAUCUAGAUGAUCCAGUGAAAUGGAUUUACCAAGAUGUCCAAAGCUGAAUCGAGAUAACGUGGAUCGCUUGGAUCUAACCACACGAUGUACCAGACAAAAUCUCCUUAUAUACCCAAUGUUACUAUUUGUAAGUUAGAAUUUCUUACAGCGACAAACUGCAGUUACUUACAUGGCAAAGGGCUGAAAGAUAUAUCUGAUUAUACAGCAAAAACAUUUUGGUGAUCACUACAAAACCAUAGUGUGUUAAGUAAAGCUAUAAAGAACCUUGACAAAUUGCAGAUUUUUUGGAAUCACUAUUUAUAAAAGUACCCCGAAAAUUCCCAAAUUGUUUCAAGCUUUUCACAUUCAACUUUUGCUCUAUUCUUCAUACAAACCAUCAAGGCCUUCUAUAGCAUGAAAUGCAUUUUUGUGUGGGGGAAGUCAGAUAAUUUUUUAGAUAUAUUUUGGUAUCCAUGUUGCCACUACAGAGUAUCUUUGCACAAUCACAUAAUGAAAAUACCAAAUAUAUUUUGACUUCCUCUAGUUGUACUAGGGGGUUAUUUACUAAAACUCAAAUAAUUUUUUUAUGAAAACAAAGUCGACCAAACUACUUCCAUGAAUUGAACUCAUUUAUCAAUUUUUCUUGAAAAAAAUUGCAACAACUUGAAAACAACUUCAGAUUAUCGGAUGAACACCCAUACUUUAUCAUAUUAUCCAGCGUAUUUCACAAUGUCAAGUAACAACUUCAGGGUACCUGCCAUUGACUUCUACAUGACCUUGACACGUUUGAGAUUUUGAGCUUCAGGGUAUAAUAAAUCUCUAAAGAUUAGUUUUUUUGUUAAAUUUUUUAGUUUUUUUUAGUUAGUUUUUGAGAAAUGGGCCCCUGAAUGUGGAGUUACCUCUUAUCUUACACAACUGACAUUCUAUUUAGAUGUUACAAAGAUGGACAUUUUGUAAUCGCCGUUAAUGUAAGAUAUUUGCCUUUUUUCAAAGGGAUGUUUUAUAAUUAAAAAUGUUAAACUUUACCAAAAAAAAGUUAUAUUUAUCUAGAUAUGGCUUCAUGUUUAUGGCUAUUUGCUUUACUU